AUUACUGUCCCAAAAACAAGAAGAUCCACGAAACCUCUACCUUCAAACCUUCCCUUUAAAUACAAUAAACCCUUCUCCAUUUUCUCUGCUACAACACUGAGCUAACCUAUCUUUGAUCACAAGAACCAGAGACUAAUCAAUCACCAUGUCCCUCAUUAAUGAAAUUUUUGAUCCUUUCCUUUCGAUGAUAAACAAAUGCCCUGUCCUUAACACACCGACAGAUUGGAAAGAAACCCAGGAAGCCCAUGUCUUCCUGUUUGAUCUUCCAGGCCUGAAGAAAGAGCAAGUUAACGUAGAGAUUGAUGAAGGAAAUGUGCUUCAGAUAAGUGGAGAAAGACCUGAUGAAGAUGGUGAAAAUGAUAAGUGGCAUCGUAUUGAGCGGUGCCGUGGCAAGUUUCUCAGAAGGUUUAAGCUGCCGGAAAAUGUUAAGAGUGAUCAAGUUAAGGCUUCCAUGGAAAAUGGAGUGCUUGUUGUGACUGUGCCUAAACAAGAAAUCAAGAAAUCACAGAAAAAGGAGAUUGUGAUUGAGGGAAAUUAAUGAAAGGUUUCAAAAAUAUGUGUAUGUGUGUAUGUGCAUGAGCUUGCUCUUUGUAAUGUAUGAUAUAUGUGCUUCAUAUAAAUAAAGUUAUGGGUGCUCUUUUUUUUUUCC